AUGCUCGGACGACUGAAAUCAGUGCGUUCUGCAAUCUCCUCCAGCUCCUUCUCCUCCUCCCAGCUCCACUUCGACCUCGAAGCACUGAACUUGAGAAACCUCCGGUUUUUCGUUUUUUGCUUUGAGAUCGAAACUUUCAAUUAUUGUGCACAGUUUAGUUUUUUUGCAAAUUCAAAAACGACAACAACUUUCGGUUCUUUGCACAGAAAAAUGACCUUUUAUCAGAUACUUUUACCAAUGAUCAAAUUUUCAACUUCCUUCACAAUAGACUCGCAGAGUGCUCCUUUCAUAUCUUUUCCGCUUUCUCGCGUUUGAAGACUCAGAGAGCUGUUCUGAAUCACCUGCAAGCUUGCAGAUCUACUUCAGAACCUCAAAGAAUCAUGCGGUUCGUCUGCGCUCUGUCGAUCGUGACUAUGGUGGCUUUGGGGCAAGACCAUAUCAUGAUGGAGAGUCGCAUCGAGCAAGUCAAGGUUUUUCUCGAAAACCUUGCGUCCUAAAAUAUCUUUCGAUAUUUAGGCCACCAUCUUGCGCGAGUUGGGAAUGUCGAGACCUCCUAACAUCUCCCAGAUGAACAUCCCCAUCGCUCAGCUCCGGGCUCAGUUUCAGCCAAUCUUCGAAAAAGAGUACGCCAACGCCUUUGCGCAAGGCCUCGAGACCUUUUAUUCUAUUGCGAAGCAGAACUGGAUUAGUGGUUAGUCAUUUUGACCCAAGAAAAUGUAAAAUAAGAUUCAAUUUUUUAGAUUAUAGUUCUGAUGUAGCCGUUUUCGACGUCUCUGAUGACGUCCUCUCUAGGCAGAUUGAAAAUGUCAGUAAUUGCUUUAGUUAAGUUUUUAUCAUGAGGAUUAAGGUUGAACUGAGCUUCAACCUGAACAUCAACACUGCUGAUGCCCUUGAUGGGAUCAUAAUCAAGGUUCACCAGCAGUUCGGAAACGGAACUGUAAGCUUGAAAAACGAUGAUCCCCGUUUUCAAGACAUUAUUUAGAUGAAGUUGGUGGGUGUCAAGAAGUUUUCUAGCCUGAGAUCUGACCGCGUGACGGUCACUCUUGAGAAGGAGGAGAUCGAAAGGUUAGCAAGGACUUUCAGGCAAUUAGCUGUAAUGGCCUAAUUGUAGAACCCUGGUCUCAACGAACCGAAUCGUCCUCCGAGUUGAGGCCAUCAUCGAUGGGGAUCGUUACGGGUUAUUUCCUGAGUCUGAGCAGGAUAAGGUGAUAGAAGACUUUAGACGUUUGGCUGAAUAAUCAGUUGAUUAUUAUCAGAGCAUGAUGUUGGCCAUGAAGUGCUCGUCCCGCUCUCGCUCCCGUCGUGCUGCUGCUCCAGUCUGCCUUCUGGAGAAGCCGAUGGCUGGUUGCUGCCGCUACGACAUGAUCGUGAGCUUUUUCUAUUUCUUAACUUAUCCGAACUUAAAAAAAACAUUAUAAAGAAAAAGCUUUUCAGGUUGACUUCGACAAGAUCGGAUGGGAAUGGAUCAUCGCCCCUCCUCGCUACAACGCCUUCAUCUGCCGCGGCGACUGCGCUCUCAAUGGGCACCACGUAAGUCUAGUUUGCUUGCUUUUCUCCCAUUUGAGGGUUGAAACGAAAAAAAAAAACAACUUUUGAACUUUCAGAUGCACAAGUUCGGACACACCAAGCUGGUCAAGGCUGUCACCAGCCAGGACUCGAGCAUCGCCUCGUUCGUCGACCGCGUCGGCAGCUGCUGCCACGCCGGAGAGUGAGUCUUCGGAAAUGAACUCAAAAAAACCUGAUAACUCAAACUGAAGCUUCAAAUUUGCAGGUACGAGCCGCUCAGCGUCAUCUACAUCAACCACGACGGCGCCGUCGUCGCCUCGAGCGUCAGCUCGAUGAUCGCCACCCGUUGCUCGUGCUCCUAA